AUCAUUUUUCCUCACAAGAUAUUUUUGUCGUUUAAUUUUAAUAUGCGGUUCCUGGUUUUUUAGUUGUAUACGCUCAAAGGGUAACUAACUAUGGCGUCGACAGCAUCAGGUGUCGGUAAAGUUGAUCAUUUUAAGCUUUCAGAUGGAUUGGAGCUUCAGGUUAAUGUAACGGGAUUUACAAAUGGACACAAUGCAAAAGUAGAACUGCAACUCAAAAACAGCUCAAGGGCGUGGAUUCUACACUGGGGCUGUACUUACCAUGGAAACACAAAGUGGUUUUUUCCUGUUGAUCGUCCUCCAGGAACAGCAGUUUAUAAGCAAAUGGCGCUACAAACGCCAUUUGUCAAGAGAGGAGACGUGGAUGUUAUCCUCAUUGAUCUACGAGACCCUAAGAUACAUGCUAUAGAGUUUGUCAUUAAAGAUGGCAGAUAUGAUAAAUGGUUAAAACUAGGCCAAGGAAAUUUCCAAAUUCAAAUUCCAAAAUAUGCAACUGAUAAUCCUCUUCCCCUGGUACCAAAGGAUUUGAUUGAACGCAAAGCCUACUCUAUCUGGGAGAGUAAGGGGAGGCCUGAAACGUCGCAGAUACAACAAAAGCAAAAUUAUGAUGAUGCUUUGAGAGAGAUACAGAGCAUGUUAUUGAAGGGGGUUUCCCUAAACGAGUUACAAGGUAGCUCUCGUGCAGCAACUAACACUGUUGUUGCCUUGAAGAAAGAAGAGCAGUCGACUCAAAGAAGUGGCAGUAAUACUAUUGUUGUGGUCAAGAAAGAAGAGCCGCCAAUUCAGACAUCAUACUCCUUGCGCAGGAGACAUGAUGUUCAGAAGUGGUUGCAUAAGUACCCGAAAGAAGAAGGGAAAAGUCCCAUGAUUUCAUCAUCACUAAUGGAUGUAGUUGAGAGCUCUGUCGGGGGAGAGAAUGUAAUUCUGAGACAAUCUUAUCAUGUUGGCAACUAUGAGAUAGUGGUUUUUCUGAAAGUUCUUAGAGGUGAUUAUCAUGUUCUGGUUGCUGGAAACACCAAGGGCUCUACGGUUCUUCACUGGGGCGUAUCCAAUUCAACCCCCAAGGAGUGGUUGGCUCCACCAAAGGAUAUGUUGCCUGAAAAAUCAAAGUUGCUGGAUGCAGCAUGCCAAACCUAUUUCACUGACAUUUCAACAAUCAAAGGGACUUUUCAGUUAGUAGACAUAAAUCUGCAGCAAAGAAAGUUUGCAGGGAUCCAAUUUGUCAUAUGGACAGGAGGUUCAUGGGUAAACAAUAACGGGACAAAUUUCUUUGUAGGCCUAAAUUUAUACAGCGCAAGUGGAAAGGUUGAACACGACGGGAGAGGGAUACUCAAAUGGCUACUUAAUGAAAUUUCACAGCGAGAGAAAGAAGCUGAAAGGUCACUGAUGCACAGGUUCUGUAUUGCAGCAGAGUUGACUGAACGUUGUAAAUCUGAAGGUGACUUGGGGCUUAUUGGUAUAUUGGUGUGGCUGAGGUUCAUGGCAUGCAGACAACUUAAUUGGAAUAAGAAUUACAACAUCAAACCUCGAGAAAUUAGUGAAGCUCAAGAUAAGUUCACAAAUUUACUUCAAAAGAUUUAUCUGGAGCAACCAAAUGAUCGUGAGAUUGUGAGAUUAAUUAUGGGAUGUGUUGGCCGUGGUGGUGAAGGUAAUUCUGGACAGAGGAUUCGUGAUGAAAUACUAGUGCUUCAGAGAAACAAUAACUGCAAGGGUGGCAUGAUGGAAGAGUGGCAUCAGAAGUUGCACAAUAAUAGUAGCCCAGAUGACGUGGUUAUAUGUGAGGCACUUCUAAACUAUGUAAGAUGUGGUUUCAGAAUUGAGGUUUACUGGAAAACUUUGACUGAAAGAGGGCUUACAAAAAGCGUGCUUGCAAGUUAUGACAGACCCAUUCUGUCUGAGCCUAAGUUUAGUCCUGAUACCAAAGAGGGACUUAUUCUUGAUCUUACAUCAUACCUUAAGACCCUCAAGGCUGUUCACUCAGGUAGUGACCUGGAAUCCGCUAUUGACAUAUGUUUAAGUAUUCCUGAGGGAUACGGAAUUAUGGGUGGAUACAGAAGCGCUUCAUCUGGUGGUUUAACACUCAAGCUGCAAGAGUAUCUUCAAUUUAUUAAAACACAUAUAGGCGAUACAAGCAUCAGUCCACUGAUGGAGAAAUUACUUGAAUCUCGAAUUGAGCUCCGUCCCAGUAUUGUUACAUCACAUGGAAGAUCAAAAGACUUGCUCUUCCUUGAUCUUGCUCUAGACUCCGCUGUUAGAACAACCGUGGAAAAGGGUCUUGGAAAUCUUAAUUCCUCAAACCUUCCAGAAAUCAUGUUCCUCACUACUUUGGUACUUGAGAACUUAUGCCUUUCAAGUGUUAACAACGAAGAUCUUAUUUAUUGUACGAAGGACUUGUACCGUGUUUGUGAAUCCUACAAACCCACUGAUGCCAACUGGGCACUACAAACAAAGGCUGUUGUUGACAGAAUUCGGUUAGCACUGGCUGAUAAAUCAGAGUAUUACCAACAAAAGAUCCAGCCUACUGUGCAAUAUCUUGGUCAUCUACUCUCAGUGGAAAAAUCUGCUAUUGAUACAGUCACAGAGGAGUUGAUACGAACAGGAUCAGCUGGGAGUCUUUCCAUGCUUAUUAACCGUUUAGACCCAAUUUUGCGGAAAAUUGCAAACCUAGGCUGUUGGCAAGUUAUAAGCCCUGCUGAAGUACGCGGUUUUGUAGUCAAUGUGCAUGAACUGAUUAGUGUUCAGCACAAAGUUUAUAGAGAGCCAACAGUUAUCAUCGCAAAUAAGGUCAGUGGAGAGGAGGAGAUCCCAGAUGGUGCUGUUGCUGUACUUACAUCUGAUUUUCCAGAUGUCCUGGCUCAUGUUUCUAUUAGAGCAAGAAAUAGCAAGAUCCUGUUUGCUUCAUGUUUCGAUCAGAAUGUGUAUAAAGACCUCAAACUUAAGCAGGGAAAAAUGGUGUUAAUCAUAUUCAAGUUGGGAAAUCUUGUGAUCAUGGACGUCUCGAGUUCUAGUUUAUCUCCCAAAUAUCCACUCUCUUCCUCUAGUUCUCGAGGACUCCAGUUAAGCAGAAAAAGAUUCAGCGGAAAAUAUGCUAUAUCACUCCAGGAAUUCACCACGGAUAUGGUUGGUGCUAAAUCUUGUAACCUGAGAUUUUUAAGUGAGAAGUUGCCUAGUUGGAUCAAACUUCCGGUGUCCAUUGCCAUUCCUUUUGGGGUGUUUGAGACUAUUCUAUCAGAUGACAUGAAUAAGGAUCAAGCUAAGCAAAUUUAUAACCUCACUAAGCUUGUAGAUAGUGGUGACACUUUAAAACUUCGGUCAAUACAAGAAGCUGUUCACCAGAUCAAAGCACCAAUGCGUCUGAUUAUGGAGCUUAAGAGCAAAAUGAAGAGCUUAAGAAUCCCCUGGCUGGAAGUUGAGAGUAGUAACUUGUGGAACCGAGCUUGGGAAGCAAUAAUAAGAGUUUGGGCUUCCAAGUGGAAUGAAAGAGCAUAUAUCAGCUGCAGGAAGGUCUCCUUGAACCAUAAUGACAUUUGCAUGGCCAUUUUAGUUCAAGAAAUUAUCAGAGCUGAUUACGCCUUUGUAGUUCACACCAAAAAUCCAUUAUCUGGUGAUGCCUCAGAGAUAUAUACUGAGGUUGUCAGAGGCUUGGGGGAGACCUUGGUUGGCGCUUAUCCUGGACGAGCAAUGAGCUUUACCACUAGAAAAACUAAUCUUAAAUCUCACAGUGUUAUUGGCUAUCCGAGCAAGUCAAUAGGACUAUAUGUUAAACAGUCGAUUAUAUUUAGAUCUGAUUCCAAUGGGGAGGACUUAAAGGGAUAUGCCGGUGCUGGUCUCUAUGAGAGCUUACCUAUGGACAAAGCACAGGAAGUUGUACUGGAUUAUUCAAACGAUCCGUUGGUGGUAGACCGCGUUUUUCAAGCUUCUCUCUUCUCCAGAAUUGCAGAGGCAGGAAAACUCAUUGAAGACCUCUUCGGGUGUGCACAAGACAUUGAAGGAGUUGUCAAAAGCGGAGAAGUUUAUGUUGUCCAAAGUAGACCGCAGAUCUAGCAUUCACUUUAGGCUGCUGCUCAACUGUCACAGAAAACUGCUACUUCACCUGCUACAAUAUCGCGAAUUUAUAGAAAAAUAAAAUCUUAAUCAACAUUCUAAAUCAAAACUGUAUUAGCUUAAUCAAUAACAAGAAACACAGAGUUUUCCUUUGUUUCUUGACUUAUUUCUGCAAUUCUUCUAAUGCUAUGACAUAUUAACUAUUUUACAA